AUGGACUCCAAUGAAGAGCAGGAAGCAUUAAAAACUGCAAUAACGAUGAACAAGGAGAUGAAGGCACCAGUAGAAUUUCGAAUCUACAUUGCCAUCAUGAAUACAGCUGAUGUCUACAAACUUUCCAGACUGAGCUGCGAUUCGGAAUGGAUAAAUACGACUGGAAGGGUAAUGUUGGCAUUGCAAGAUUGCAAGGAUAAACUGUUGCAUGAGAUAAAAUAA